GAUUUUGCUGCAUAUUCACAACACUGUUAUCUCGAGUAAUUUAACAAAAUAAUAUUUACAAAAAGGCACUCACACAGCCAAAAGCAGAGUUAAAGGCGAGCGAGAUCGAGAGCUUCGCGGUACGCGGUUCGAGUUGAUCGCUAAACCACCCUUUGUGCUUGGUAUUUCUGUGGGCCAUGCUUUGGACAGUUCAUUUGGAUGGUGGACCUCAGCGUGUGAAUCAUGGGGCAGUCGGUGUUGGCGAUUUCAUCUACAGCUUUGGCGGAUACUGCACGGGCUACGACUACCGUUUCAAUGAGCCGAUGGAUGUCCAUGUCCUCAAUGUCCAUACGUUGCGAUGGUCGGUGGUGCCGCAGCAGGUCGACAAAGAUGGAGUACAACUAAAGUAUCCGGAAGUGCCUUUUCAGCGCUAUGGCCACACAGUGGUGGCCUACAAGGAGCGCAUUUACAUAUGGGGGGGACGCAACGAUGAGAAUCUCUGCAAUGUCCUCUAUUGCUUCGAUCCCAAGCUGGCCUCGUGGAGUCGUCCCAAUGUGAGUGGCUGCCUGCCAGGUGCUCGAGAUGGCCAUUCCGCCUGUGUCAUUGGCAAUAGCAUGUUCAUCUUUGGUGGCUUUGUCGAUGAGAUCAAUGAGUUUAGCUCGGAUGUGCAUUCCCUCAAUCUGGACACCAUGGAAUGGCGAUAUGUCCAGACUUUCGGUGUGCCGCCAAGCUAUCGAGAUUUCCAUGCUGCCGUCGCCUAUGAGCAGGAGCGUAUGUAUAUCUUUGGCGGCCGCGGCGACAAGCACAGUCCCUACCACAGUCAGGAGGAGACCUAUUGCCAUGAGAUUGUCUAUCUGGAUAUGCGCACCAAAGUCUGGCAUCGACCCUUCACAGCCGGCAAGGUCCCGGUGGGCAGGCGGAGUCACAGCAUGUUUGUUUACAACAAACUAAUAUUUGUCUUCGGCGGCUACAAUGGCCUGCUCGAUCAGCAUUUUAAUGAUCUAUACACAUUUGAUCCCAUGACCAAACUAUGGAAUCUAAUUCGGGCCAAUGGCCAGGCACCCACAGCAAGGCGGCGGCAAUGCGCCUUGGUGACUGGUUCGAAAAUGUUCCUUUUUGGCGGCACAAGUCCCAAACCGUGUCCACAGACAGCGAGUCAAACUCCAGAUGGUGGUCAGUCGGGGACAACGGCGGCACAAGCACAAGCAGCGGCGGCAACAGCCGCAGCAGCAUCCUCAACCGUCACUCUAAUCGACUAUAGUGAUCUGCAUGUCCUAGAUUUUGAGCCCACCCUAAAAACCUUGGCCACUAUGGUGGUGCUGAAACAUCAAUUGGACAUAACUGGGCUGCCGCGUUCAUUUCGUGCCGAUUUGCAAAUGCUUACCCAGCCGAACAGUAUUAGUCGUCCAAUUAAUCAGGCCGGCUAGCGAGCUUGGACUAACCAAAAACAGAAAAAAACAAGAAAGUGAUGGAUGAAUUUCGGAAUUGGCCCCGCUUUUUGUCAAACUGCCACAAAAACAACUCGAUGGUUAUCAUCUUGAAAGUCCUGCAGUGGUUCCUAGUCUCAGGCUCCGUCUCCCCCCAUCCCCCCUCUUCCCAGUUACCACUAACCAUAGAUCACAUAGAUGGGACAAACGCAUGAUUUUUUGAUUGCAAACGCUAGCCUAGUCAUGGAACCCCAGAGAACUUCGGGAAAAACCCGAACGUUCGUACCAUGGUGAAAUAAGUACAAGGUGAUGUAUCCCGUCGGCAAAUCGUACGGUCUUAUGCAUGAUAAAAAAAAAGGUAACCCGUCAACUGACAACUGCCGACGAAGUCGAACGACAACUGGAAUAAGACCUCGUCGUGAGCAGCGCUGCUGCCGACGGGACCACCUUGUACUUAUUUCACCAUGGUCUGUGCUAGACUAAAUUAUUUUCGUAGCUGCUUGGCCCUCUUCCCACUUU